AUGCUCCGGGGGGCUGGUAAAACCUUUCACUUGGCUAAGUUCAGCGAUGUCCUGGUUAGAAGCUGGUUUAGAUACAGUCCAAAUUCAAAUUUGUAUGUGUUUAAUUUUAUAAAAAACUUAAACGGAAAUCAACGGGAUUAUUCCUUUAAGGGUGUCUUUAGAAGCAUCGAACCUAAGCAUGAGAACAUUGAUGCCAAUAAAAGAGCCAGGAUCAUAAAGCUGACAGCACGUAUCAAGUCCUUUCACUAUCGAAUCAAUAGUCUCAAAAAGAAACGCCCCCCGGACGAGUCCAAAAAUGUGGUUAAAAAACUUUUAGUAGUCCUUAAGGAAUUGGAAAAAGCCCUCGGGGAGUUAAGGCAGUUCCUAUAAAUUUUUAUUUCCUUUUAUGUUUGUUUUAUUUAAACAUUAAAAUUUAUCUACUUAUA